CCCACAGGUUUCCAUUUGCGCUCCAGCAGCAGAGAUCGGGAGCAACAGCGCAGCAGCGUCCGUGAGCCGAGACGGACUGCAACAUCUUCAUCUGCUGCAAGAGAGACCUAUUCUAACACUGCCGUUCACUGAACAUAGCAACAAUGCCUCCCCCAAUGCGCCACCGCUCAAUGCGGGUCUUCAUGAAUGAUGACCGCCAUGUCAUGGCCAAGCACUCAGCCAUCUACCCGACUCAAGAGGAGCUGGAAAGUGUGCAGAACAUGGUGUCAUACACAGAGCGGGCCCUCAAGUCUGUCUCUGAUUGGCUGGAUAAGCAGGAGAAGGGAGUGUCUAAGCCCGAGUUGGAGGGGACAGACACAGAUAAAGAAAGUUUUGGAAGUGAGCCCAGAGACCAGGCCACCCGCACUCUGCGGGGGGUGAUGAGGGUGGGCCUGGUGGCCAAAGGGCUGCUACUGAAGGGGGACCUGGACCUGGAGCUGGUGCUCCUCUGUAAGGACAAGCCCACCACCAAUCUCCUGAAGAGGGUGUCUGAAAACCUUGUUACACAGCUCAAGCUGAUCGUAGAAGACAAAUAUGUGGUGACCCAGAACAUCCGCGAGGCGAGUAUCAUCAUCAAGAACGCCAAGGAGCCGCCUCUCACCCUCACCAUUCACUUGACUUCCCCUCUGGUUCGUGAGGAGGUUGAGAAGGCCGCCGCCGGUGAAACGCUUUCAGUCAACGAUCCCCCGGAUGUUCUGGACAGGCAGAAAUGCCUAACUGCCUUGGCGUCUCUCCGCCACGCUAAGUGGUUCCAGGCCAGAGCUAACGGACUCCGCUCAUGUGUCAUCGUCAUCCGGAUUCUAAGGGACCUGUGCGCACGUGUCCCCACAUGGGCCCCGCUUCGUGGUUGGCCCCUGGAGCUGAUCUGUGAGAAAGCCAUUGGUACAGGGAACCGGCCCAUGGGGGCAGGAGAAGCUCUGCGAAGAGUGUUAGAGUGUCUGGCUUCAGGAAUCCUCAUGGCAGAUGCUGCAGGAAUCUCAGAUCCAUGUGAGAAGGAAUCCAAAGAUGCUAUUAGUCACUUGGACCCCCAGCAGAGAGAAGACAUCACAGCCAGUGCACAACAUGCCUUAAGGCUGUCAGCUUUUGGACAGCUUCACAAAGUGCUGGGAAUGGAUCCCCUUCCCUCGAAGAUGCCCAAGAAACCUCGCAGUGAGACUCCUAUCGAUUACACAGUGCAAAUCCCACCCAGUACGGCGUAUGCUCCACCAAUGAAGAGGCCCAUUGAGGAAGAGGAGGGAACCGAUGACAAGAGUCCCAACAAGAAGAAGAAAAAGCUGCAGAAGAAAUCUCCAGAGGACAAGGCCGAGCCCCCCCAGGCCAUGAACGCUCUGAUGAGGCUCAAUCAGCUGAAGCCAGGACUCCAGUACAAACUCAUUUCCCAAACUGGCCCAGUUCACGUUCCUGUCUUCACUAUGGCCGUAGAAGUGGAAGGCAAGACCUUCGAAGCCUCCGGUCCAUCCAAACGCACGGCCAAGCUGCACGUAGCUGUAAAGGUCCUGCUGUAUAUGGGUCUGCCCACAGGCGUGGAGGUGAAGACCACUGAUCCAGUGAAACUAGAGGAGACAGAAACCGUUGUGAAAGUGGAAGAGUUGAAGCCGGUGGUGACGCCCAUCGAGCCGCCCCCAGCUGCCACAGGAGCAGCCGCUGCAGACGCCACUGAUGCUGGAGAGACUGAUCGUCAACAGGGACCGAUUCUGACCAAACACGGCAAGAACCCCGUGAUGGAGCUCAACGAGAAGCGCCGCGGACUCAAGUACGAGCUCAUCUCAGAGACGGGCGGCAGCCACGACAAGCGCUUCGUCAUGGAGGUGGAGAUCGAUGGUCAGAAGUUCGAAGGCACAGGAUCCAAUAAGAAGGUGGCGAAGGCUUAUGCUGCCCUGGCUGCGUUGGAGCGUCUCUUCCCUGAAGGCUCUGUGGCCGAGGCCGCUAAAAAGAAAAAGGGGCCCCCCAUGCACACUCCAGGUUUCGGUAUGAUGGGAGCCCCCGGAGGCGGAGACCCCGGCCUGCACAGAGGAAGAGGUGGACGAGGUCGUGGGAGGGGCAGGGGCAGGGGCUUCAAUAACGGAGGAGGCUACGGCCAAGGAGGUGGCUUCGGAACAUAUGGUUACGGGAACAACGCUAACGCCGGAUACAAUUACUAUAACAAUGGUGGCACAAACGGAGGAGACGGGGCAUCGAGCAACCCGGCCGGUGGCCCUCCAGCCAGCACAGCACCGGAUGACGCACAAGGCUCCUACGGGUCGUACUACCAGAACGAUGCCGGCUACACUGCCACUGCUGCCGCCAAAGUUCCGAAGAAGAAGCCCCCCAUGCAGAAGGGAGCGAAGGCACCAUUUCCAGGUCCACCGGGGACAAACAGUGCAGCUGCAGGGGGCUACCAGUCCACCAGUCCCUCAGGGCAGGCCCCCUAUAACCAGUAUGGCCAGGGUUAUGGGCAGGGAAAGAAGAACUUCAACCAGAACCAGGGUGGAGCAGGUGGAUACAUGUACAGCACUGCCUAUCCCAGCCAGGUGACAGGGGGCACUGGGGGGAGCCAAGACUAUAGUUAUGAUGGCUUCAACAGCCAGUCCACUUACAACGCACAGGGAGGAGGAGCAGGGAGCGGCAACAACCAGGGCUUCGGCAACAACCACUCUCAGUACCACAACCCAACAGGCUACGGCAGAGGAGACGGAAGCAUGAACUACCAGUACAGAUAGACUCUGCCCCUCCGUCUGGGACUCACCGGCAUCUGUGUGUGUGAAGCCUUCUCCAAAGAAAGUGAUUGACGGCUCUGCCCCGUCCAUGUUCUUUGCCUUGUCCAUGUUCUUUGCUUCUCUGCUUUUGAGUUUAUACGUAGCACAUGUGGGCACAAAGUGAGAUGUCAGACCUGGCUCGUGGCUAAGUUUAGUGGUUUCAGUGGUCUGGUCAGUGGUUAGUCCUGUGGUUUUAGGUUAUUCUAAUUAUGUUUUUUAUUUUUAAAUGUGCUACCAGUCGUCAUCCUCAUCACUCAAUUUGAAGGCUGAUGUCAGAAGCUACUCACCUUCUCUGGUUUCAUUUUCCUUUCUUCUGAAGACUUUGUGUGGGCAAACGUUUUUCUCCCAUAAUGGAAUUAGUAAAAUCAUGUAGUUUGAAACUACUACGGUUGUUGUUCUUUUUGUAACAAUUCCAUUGACCCAAAUAGUUCAGUCUUUCUUCAAUGUGUGUAUUUUAUUUUAAUCCUUCUUUGGUUUUUACCUAACCUGAUAUAGUUAUUUCAAUCAAUGGAUUUGGAGAUGACAGGAAAAUACACUUACAUUCUGAUGUUCUAUCCACAUCCUGCUCAGUGUAGCUUUUUGAUUGGGUGGGAUUUGUUCUGGUUGAUGUAUAACAGUGUGUAUUAAUAAAUGAUUUUUAUUUUGAA